AUGUUUCCAGAACAUCCAGUAUGUAUACACAAGGCUGAAAUUGUUCUCAAAAGAGGCGUACGUCUUGCUAGAUGGGAGCUACAACAUAAAAAUGUGACGAUAGGAAGAGUCCUUGGGCAAGGAGCAUUUGGAGAAGUACGGAAGGGGACAUUGUUGAGACGACCUGGAAAGUCUGUGCCGGUAGCAGUGAAGACACUUAAAAGCGAUACCGAAUUAUCAAAAGCGAAAAUCAAAGAAAUGAUGAAAGAAGCACGUUUGAUGAGAAAUUUGAAGCACCCUAAUGUUGUAUGCAUCUAUGGUGUUGCGCUCUUAGAGCAACCGUUGUACAUUGUACUCGAAUUUGUUCCUGGUGAAUACUUUGCUGCUGUUUCGUUGAAUAUUGAAAUCCAGAAAUUGGCGGAGAGUUGCAGAGGAGCGCUUGACUCUUAUCUGAAGAGGAACAAAGCAACUAUAGACAGAGACGAGCGGUUACUAAUGGCGAUGGGAGCCGCCUGGGGAAUGGAAUACCUCCAUAAAAGCAGUGUUCUCCAUAGGGACAUCGCUGCACGAAACUGUCUAUAUGACACGGACAAAAUAGUAGGUUUAAUCUCAUAGAA